CCCGCCCGCCCGCCGUCCCGCGAUGGCGGCGAAGGAGUGCCGGCGGCUGGACGCGGCGCUGGCGCGGCAGGUGCUGGCCGAGGCCGAGGCGGUGCUCUUCGACUGCGACGGCGUGCUGUGGCGCGGCGAGGCGGCGCUGCCCGGCGCGGCGGAGGCGCUGCGGCGGCUGGAGGCGCGCGGCGCGAAGCGGCUCUGCUACGUGACCAACAACUCCUCGCGGACGCGCCAGGCCUACACGGAGAAGCUGCGGCGGCUGGGCUUCCCGCCGGCGCUGCCGGGCCAGGUCUUCGGCUCCGCCUACUGCGCCGCGCGCCACCUGAGCCGCGCGCUCCCGCCCGGCGGCGCCGCCUACGUGCUGGGCGGGCCGGCGCUGAGCGCGGAGCUGGAGGCGCUGGGCGUGGCGCACCUGGGCGUCGGCCCCGCCCCCGAGCCCGGCUCCGCCCACUUCGGCGCGCGCGCCCCGCUCGACCCCGCCGUGCGCGCCGUGGUGGUGGGCUUCGACGAGCACUUCAGCUACGGCAAGCUCUGCCUGGCGCUGCGCUACCUGCUGCGCGGGGACCGCGACGGCCGGGGCUGCCUCCUGGUGGGCACCAACCGCGACAACCGCCUCCCGCUCGAGGGCGGCAGCGCCGUGCCCGGGACUGGCUGCCUUGUCAAAGCAGUGGAGACUGCCGCAGAGCGCGAAGCAUUCAUUGUUGGCAAGCCCAGCCGCUUCAUGUUUGAGUGUGUGGCCAGCGAGUUUAAGAUUAACCCUGCUCACACCAUCAUGGUCGGUGACCGCCUGGACACAGACAUCCUCAUGGGCAACAACUGCGGCCUGACAACCCUCCUCACUCUCACCGGGGUCACUACACUGGAUGAGGUUAAAAGCCACCUAAGCAGUGACUGUCCUGAGCGCAAAAGUCUAGUCCCCGAUUACUAUGUUGAUAGCAUAGCUGACCUCCUCCCUGCUCUCACAGACUGAGAAACGGGAAUGUUCCCGCUCUUAAAAGGCAUUUCUUCACCCCAUGCCAGCCUUGGUCUCUUCAGGCUGGAAAUAUUUCCUCAGUUCCUGCAGUGCACACAAUUGCUGCUUGCAAAAGUAAAAUGAUUUUAGUGUGUAACUUUCCAAUUGAGUUCUCUGUUUACAAAUUCCUCUUAAAAAUGCACUUUGAAGGGGAGAGGGAGAAGUAUGUGUCUACCAGCUUUCAGAUGCUAUAAAGCAUCAGCUGUGUCCUAGAAUGUCUGCUGUUCAGGUAUCAGGGUGGGGUCUUGCUCAGCGGAGUUGAAGAGGACUGAGCAGGCCUCUGUUUAAACCUUGCACUAUGGUGUUUUGUGAUGCAAUCUUCAGAGAUUCAGGGAAUUGAGCAGUUUAAGGGCAGCUGCUCUUGUGUCUCAGACUUGAUUUUAAGAUUGGUUUUUAUGAGCACUGAAGUCUUAGAGAGCCUGGUUCAGAUGCAAUUUCAAGGGAAUGGAAAUCACUGUGUAUCCAUUGGUAAUGUUUUUGCUCCUUCUCACUUGCGUUUGCACUGCUUUAUGUGCAAAACAAGAAUUAUACCUUCACUCUUCAUAUGUACCUCUGGGAUGUUACACAAAGAACUUCUGAUUCUGAUACCGAUUUUAAAAGUGAAUUGUGUAUUGAAAAUUGGUUUUGUUGGUCAAGAAGCGUGUAACAAAAGGCCAUCAAUCAGAAAUGCACACAAUUCACCAGAUUGAAUCAUGCUUGAAUUACUUGAUUAAUGUCAGGAUAGACUGCUGAGCUCAUUUGUGGUGGGAACUCUUCAUGGCAACAGUGAACUUGCUAGCAUUUUGUUCUUCAGUGGGAUUCCUGUGUCAUAAAUAGAAUGCAGGUGGGGUUUUUUUUUUCCUGAAGCCAUUUUGGAGUCAAUGUUGAUGAAGCAGCUACAUUAACAUAUUUAGUGCUUCCUGUUGGAGUCUUGUGAGUUGAUGGUAGGACAUAAGAAAAAUCCUUUGCAGGUCUAUCUUGGCACUUGCUGAGAACAGGUGUACAAGCCAUUUUGCCAUGCCGGUCUGCAGUAAACGUGAUCGCACUUUUCAUGUGCUCAGGUAGUUUUCCUUACGCAGAAUUAGUUGCCAGGUCGUCUGUCAUCUUUAAAAAUUUAAGUAUGUAGACAUAAAGAGUUUUUUAAAAACCUUUUGGGAACCAGGGAAAGGUAUUUCUUUUUUUGUUUCAAAUAUAUUUCAACGAGUUGUCAUGCGUGGGCAGCAUUUUCAGUAUUGAAGGUGCUUGAAAUUUCUCACUUUUUCAUACAGCAAUAAUUGUGUUGUCUACAGUGGAAGACAUUCUAUGAUUAUAAAUUACGUUAAUCUCUCAACCUCUUUUGAAGCGCUAAAAGGUAGAUUGUUACAAAUUUUUUCUUGUAAUGUCUCCAAAAAGAAUUUUUCUCUUUUCUCUUUUAGGUUUAUCAGCUUCUCAUUUGUAAGUCUAAAGAUUUUUUGAUCAUGUAAUUUUUCCACUUUUGAUUAUGUAAACUGUUUAUUUCUGUUUGAACCAACUUAAAAAGAAUGGAUCUCUUUUGGGGGGAUUUGUGCUUAUGCAGUUCCAGAGAGAUUCAGGAAUGUGUCAAAUCUGUAUUAAAUGCUUAGAUCCUCAGAGCAGUUGCUCAAGUGUGCUUGCCACGAAGUGGAACCUGCCACCUGUUUUCAAUGUAUCUGCCUUUCUUACAAAGCUGCACUGUAAAAAUACCAAGCAGACCCUGUAAAACUGUUACAUAACUUCAGUCCUGUCUUUGAAUCACAUUAAACUUAAGUCUUGCUUCU